UCCCGCGCGGUCUGGGCCGGAAACACUCGACCCCGCGCCGCGAAGGCGCCGCCGCAUCCUGGCACCAAGCCGCGGCAGCGGGGAGGGGCAGAAAAAGCCCAAGGGCUGAGGGAAGCAUGGAAAGGGCGCGGCCCCAAGGAGAUACCCGCUCGCUCCAGACGUUCGCCCCGGGGGCGGAGGGGAGGGGCCCACCGCGGCCUUAUUUCCGCGAGCACCGGCACCGCCGGCUCCGAGCCCGGGUCUGUCGGGUGUGGAGCCAACUUUCCAGCGUCCAUGCAGCCCCGCCGGCCACCGCCGCCCGCUCCCGGGUCCGGGCCCUGGGGCCCGCGCCCCGCCGCCCCGCUAAUCGCGCUGCUGCUGUUGCUUGUCCCGGUGGUGGCGGCCGCGGAGUCCGAGAGCGCGGAGGACCGGGGGCAGCCCCAGGAUGCGGGGCUUCAGCGCAGGCUCCUGCAGCAGGCGGCGCGCGCGGCGCUGCACUUCUUCAACUUCCGGGCGGGCUCGCCCAGCGCGCUGCGAGUGCUGGCCCAGGUGCAGAAGGGCCGAGCGUGGAUUAAUCCAAAAGAGGGGUGUAAAGUUGACGUGGUCUUCAGCACAGAGCGCUACAACCUGGAGGAAGGUGAGGGACAUUUGGGGAAAUGUUCUGCUCGAGUGCUUUUCAAGAAUCAGAAACCCCGACCAGCUGUUAAUGUAACUUGUACACGGCUCAUUGAGAAAAAGAAAAGACAACAAGAGGAUUACCUGCUUUACAAGCAAAUGAAGCAACUGAAAAACCCCUUGGAGAUAGUCAGCAUACCUGAUAAUCAUGGACAUAUUGAUCCCUCUCUGAGACCCAUCUGGGAUUUGGCUUUCCUUGGAAGCUCUUAUGUGAUGUGGGAAAUGACAACCCAGUUUUCACGCUACUACUUGGCACAGCUCACUAGUGUGAGGCAGUGGAAAACUAAUGAUGAUACAAUUGAUUUUGAUUAUACUGUUCUACUUCAUGAAUUAUCAACACAGGAAAUAAUUCCCUGUCGUAUUCACUUGGUCUGGUACCCUGGCAAACCACUUAAAGUGAAGUACCACUGUCAAGAGCUACAGACACCAGAAGAAGCCUCUGGAACUGAAGAAGGAUCAGCUGUAGCACCAACAGAACUUAGUAAUUUCUAAAAAGAAAAAAUGUUAUUUUUCCAGCUUCUAAACAAGUGACUGUACUAGCAUUUUCCUGGUAAAAUAGCUAAGGUACAGACAUUCUAAUAAUAUGGGAAAGCCUAUGAUUACAAGUAAAAACUCAAAAAUUCAAAGAUGUUGGUUUUUUGUUUGUUUCUCAAUUGGUCUGCUUUAGCUUUUAAAUCUGGAAGCACAUGGACCUGAACUCUGCUCCGUGCUAAAAAGUCACCCUCAGGUUCUUCAGGGUUUCAGCCCUAAAAUGUAAAGCCUGGAUAAUUAGUGUAUGCUGCAAUGGGAUCAGCAUUUUUUUAAAAACUGCAAAAAAUGAUGGUUUCAUCUCUGAAUCUGCAUCUCAUUCUUUUGAACAUAUUAUAGCUAAUAUAUUUUAUGUUGCUAAAUUGCUUCUAUCUAGUAUGUAAACAAUGAUAACAUACUUUCAAUGAAAGUAAAUUGUAGGAAGAAAAUUAACUGUUUAAAAGAAACUGUAUUAUAUUUUAUGAUUUCAAGCAAGUAUUCCUUUUUAAUUUGCUAUCUACUUUUAAAUACAUAUUUACAUUUCUAAAUACUGAAAUGUGUUAAAUGCUCUUGUGGAGAUUUGUAUACAAAGGAAAAACUUGUGCUAAACUGGAAUUAAAUGAAAUGGUAAUA